AUGACUGGUCGAGGAAAAGGUGGAAAAGGUUUGGGAAAGGGAGGUGCAAAGAGACAUAGAAAAGUACUGCGUGAUAAUAUUCAAGGAAUCACCAAGCCGGCUAUUCGACGACUGGCAAGAAGAGGUGGCGUUAAAAGAAUUAGUGGCUUGAUUUACGAAGAAACACGUGGAGUUUUGAAAGUAUUUCUUGAAAAUGUUAUUCGAGAUGCUGUUACGUAUACAGAACAUGCAAAGAGGAAAACCGUGACAGCGAUGGACGUAGUUUAUGCAUUGAAGCGCCAAGGCAGAACACUCUACGGUUUUGGUGGUUAA